AUGGAGCCGAGAGCGCGUGCCGGCAAGAAUGUCGGCAAGAUGAACUUUGGCUACGGCGAGCUUCGCCAGCUCCUGUACGGCGGAGGCGACGCCCGCGAUCCCCUCCCCGAGACGAUGCGCGUGCUCGACGAAAUCGCCACCGACUUCAUCCAGAGCCUCUCCUUUGAGGCCGCCCGCAUCGGCCAGUACUCGGGUCGCCAGAAGAUCAAGUAUGAAGACUUUGAGUUUGCCCUGCGGCGCAACCCGCUCUUCCUCGGCAAAGUGCGCGAAAUGUUUGAAAUGAGCAAGGAAGUUAAGGACGCGCGCAAGAUGCCGGGCAUCGGCGAGGGCAACAUGGGCAAGGCCGACAUCAAUGACCUGGCAAAGCUCGGCGAGGGCGAUGAGGGUGGGGAGGGGACCAACAAGAACGGCGAGGGCCCGAGUGCCAGCGGAGCCGCCGCGAGUGCUACGCCGACCAGCGGAACCGGCCGUGGUAAGAAGCGCGGACCCUACGCGAAGACAGCAGGCAAGCGGAAGAAGGCCAAGAUGGAGCAGGAGGCGGCUGAAGCGGCGGCCGCCGAAGCAGCAGCCGCCACCGCCAAAGAUGACGACGGUGGCGUCGUCAACGUCAAGGAGGAGCCGGCGGACGAUACGACACAAGGAACAAGAGGCGCCACGGCAGACACGGCGGACGGCGCCGCAGACGAAGAGCCAGAUGCAGAAGAGCCAUCAAAUCUCGAUGCGCUCUUUGGUGGCGGCGACGACGCGGAUGCCGACGGGGACGACGACCUGGGAUUCUGA